AUGUCAAGCAAGAACAGGCUUGAUCUUUCGUGGUUUCAUGAUUCCGAAGAGCACGACAAUUCACCUAUCAAGGACUUCUCACCCACAGAAAUCACCAGGCGACCAUGGAAAGCAUUCUGGCCACCUAGGUCAGGAGCCAACUCCAAUCUGUGGCUUCUAUCCGAAUUUCCAGAAGUUCUCUCGUGGCAAUUCGAUCCCGACCGACCCUUCGAUCAACCUUGGCGGAACUGGCUCAGAAGCCUGCCCGUGAAAGGCGAAGUAGGCAACUGUCGAGAAAAAUUUACUUCGAAGAUUGUAAAUCGAGCGCCGGCCACGGAUAUCUCGGAUCUAAUUUCAGGUCUACCCAAAGUCCAAGGUGCCACUAUUACAUAUCUUGCUCCUCUGGAGCUCUACAAAACCCAGAAACCAUAUUUCAGCCAGCUACCCUGCGGAACGACGCUAGCGCGUACUAACCUUGUUGAAAGCGACCACCUCGUCGAGGUCUGUGAUAUUGGUGGCAAAGAAGACGUAUUUGAACUCGACGAGACAGGCUUCCAAUUCAUGCACCUUCCGACAGAAAUAUCAAAAUGGACGGACGAAAGCGUACGAUCAGAAUAUCUCCCAGCCAUAUCAGCAUGGCUGAAGGAAUAUUUCAAAUGCGAGAAGGUCUUCAUCUACAAUUACAAUCUUCGAACCAACGACACGACAAGAUCGGGGGAUGGCACAUGGAGAAGUCCCAUAUUCCGAGUCCACUGCGGUAAGCAAAAGCAAUCCAGCCCCUCAAAAGCAAAUCCACCAUUUCUGAUCCAGCCCAAAUCUCCAGACAACACCCCCGAGUCCUGUGCCAAACGCCUAGAAUUCCAGUUCCCAACUGAAGCGGCAGCAAUCAAAAGUGGUCGUUACCGGUAUAUAGACGUAUGGCGCUGUGUCGCCGACACGAACGUCGACGCCCCCCUUGCGGUUUGCGACUACCGCAGUAUAACACCAACUGACUUGCACAGAAUUGACAUAGUCUACCCACAUUUCAGCGAGGAAGGGUUCGAAGUGACGCAUAACCCUGCGCAUCGGUGGUACUACAAGAAGGGAAUGUCGAAGGAUGAUAUUGUGUUAUUCAAGAUCGAUGAUAAUUUGGAGGGCGUGGCUAGGUUUGCGCCGCAUACGUCUUUUGUUGACCCGUCGGCUUCGGGGAAUACUAAGAGGGCAAGUAUUGAGGUCAGGGCUAUCAUUUGUGGGUAA